GUCGCGAGACGGGGCACUAGCUGGACUCUUUCACGUUGUCGUUGCCGCUUUGGAAGUGAAGCAAAGCCAGCGGCCGUCUUGCCGAAAAAAAAAAUCAGUAUGGCAACUUCUGUUGAUAAAAGCUACAGUAUGACUUGGGCAAAAUUUCACAGUGAAUCGACAAUUAAGGUUAUGAAAUUGUUGAGAAAAAGUAAAAGCUUGGAUACACUACUGGAAACCACCAGUUGGAUACUAAAAGAUAUCCCAGAAUAUAAUACAGUUACAACUUUGCAUCCAAUAUCUUUGCCAACGGUGCCACUUACAAAAUGGGAGCUUCUGCUUCAUGAGCAUGGAGAAGACAAUUAUUUGCAUCCCAGGGGGAGCUUUACAUCGAGCAAGAGCUGUCCAUCACUUGUAUGCAGGCCGGAAUCUUCUGCAGCCUUCGUGUUACAUAGUGCCACUGAUUCUUACUGUGAAGAAAUUCCAAGUAUUGCCAAUCAACCUGAAGAUGUUUCUAGUGAGGAAACAAAUCAAGCUGAAAAGACUAAUAUUAAAGAUCAAGAAUUUGUGGUGGAAGAAAAGGAAGGGUUGAUUUUGGAAAAUGACUACCUUACCCCAGCAGUGACUAUCAGUAAAUUGGUGAAUCAAAGAACAAAUACAGGGCCUGAGGUAAUGGAGGAGAGUCUGGCAGGAAGAAAUGUCCUUCAUUCAGAAUAUUUUGAUAGGAACACAGAGGUGGAUCAAGUAAGUGAAAAGACAGAUGUAGCUGAAAAACCUGAACAUCUUGAACAGAUUGGAAGCAUGGAGUCACUUGAAUAUUCUUUCACUAGAUCAAAAAGAAAGCCAUAUUGCGCAGAAGACAAAAUACAACUAGUGAACGAUAAGGCUGAGACAGACUGCAAGAGCCAACAAACUAGAUUUACUCUAGGGCACUAUCAGGCAUUGGAUGUGGACUUUAAGUAUUCUGAGGAGCUGUUUGAUGAAAUUGAUGAUGAUGACAGUGCCAGCCUAGAGACAAGAACACUGCUAUGCCUACCAUUCUUAUGUUUGAGAAGGAGAAAUAAGCAUGAGAAAGAACAGAAGACCUUAAUCAGAUCUUCAGCUACCGACUGUGACUCUUCCCCAGCAUGGUCUCGUGACACACUAUUGGCUUCAGAAUAAGAAGGAUCCUGAAUUCUUUGAGAGAUGACUACUUGCCUGUAGAGAUCUGUUAAAAUGGAACUAUUGAUCUGUUUUAUAAUAAGUGAUGUUCCAUAAAAUAUGUUGUAAAUUGUUUUGCUUGUUGAUACAUUUAG